UUGACGGAUUAUCCUUCGCGAUCGCAUCCAAGAUGGCGACUUCCAUCGAGAUACCUCUUCGGGAUACAGAAGACGAGGUGAUAGAGCUUCAAUUUGACCAGUUGCCGGAGGGCGAUGAAGUACUGAGCAUUUUACGACAGGAAAAUGCACAACUACACAUUUGGAUCACGCUCGCGCUGCAGUAUUACAAGCAGGGAAAAACAGAUGAUUUUGUUAAACUCCUGGAAGCUGGAAGAACAGAUGCCAAUCGCAAUUAUCGUGACAGUGAAAAAGGGCAGAUGGUCUGCCUGGACACACUUGCUGCAUUCUAUGUGCAGCAAGCACGAAAGGAGAGAAACAAGGAAACUAAAAAGGAACUGUUUACAAAGUCAACCUCACUGUAUUCCACGGCAGACAAGAUUAUCAUGUAUGAUCAGAAUCACUUGCUAGGCAGGGCAUACUUCUGUCUCCUUGAAGGAGAUAAAAUGGAACAGGCUGAUGCACAGUUCAAUUUUGUGUUGGCGCAGUCAGGGAAUAACAUCCCAGCUUUGCUAGGAAAGGCCUGUAUCUCAUUUAACAAAAGGGAUUACAAGGGUUCCCUAGCUUACUACAAGAAAGCUUUGAGAACAAAUCCUAACUGUCCAGCCUCUGUUCGGUUAGGAAUGGGUCAUUGUUUUGUGAAGCUUGGAAAACUGGACAAAGCAAGAUUGGCAUUUGAGCGUGCUCUCAGCCUUGAUCACCUGUGUACAGGGGCAAUGACAGGUCUUGCCAUCCUGGAACUGAAUUCGAAAAAGGUGGACUCAAUUAAGAUUGGUGUUCAGUUGCUAUCCAGAGCAUAUGCGUUGGACAACUCUAAUCCAAUGGUUCUCAAUCAUCUGGCAAACCAUUUCUUCUUCAAAAAGGAGUAUGACAAAGUCCAGCACCUGGCCCUUCAUGCCUUUCAUGGCACUGAAGUUGAAGCCAUGCAGGCAGAGAGCUGCUAUCAGAUGGCCAGAGCUUUUCAUGUUCAGAAUGAUUAUGACCAGGCAUUCCAGUAUUACUAUCAAGCAACACAGUUUGCGUCACCAAAUUUUAUCCUUCCUCAUUUUGGACUUGGUCAAAUGUACAUAGCGAGAGGUGACACAAACAAUGCUGCUCAAUGUUUCGAGAAAGUUCUGAAGGCCACACCUGGAAAUUAUGAGACUCUUAAAAUCUUGGGCUCUUUGUACAGCACAUCAACAGAUCUAGACAAGAGAGAGACAGCCAAGAAUCAUCUUAAGAAGGUAACAGAGCAGUACCCAGAUGAUGUCGAGGCCUGGAUUGAGCUGGCAGGAAUCUUAGAACAAACCGAUGUGCAGGCUGCCUUGCAAGCAUAUGGUACAGCGUCCCGUCUUCUGAAGGAGAAAGUGAAGGCUGAUGUUCCUCCAGAGAUUCUGAACAACGUCGGAGCACUUCAUUUCCGUUUGGGAAAUUUGAAUGAAGCAAAGAGAUUCUAUGAGUCAUCUCUUUCACGGUGCAAACAGGAGAGUCAAGCUGACGAAAGUUACUAUAGUGCAAUCUCUGUGACUACAACAUACAACUUGUCCCGUCUUCACGAAGCCUUGUGUGAGUUUGACAAAGCAGAGGAGCUCUACAAGAACAUCCUCAGAGAGCAUCCUAACUAUGUGGACUGUUAUCUUAGGUUGGGUUGUAUGGCACGUGACCGAGGUCAAAUCUACGAGGCCUCUGAUUGGUUUAAAGAGGCUCUGCAGAUUAAUCAGGACCAUCCGGAUGCUUGGUCCCUUAUCGGCAACCUUCACCUGGCCAAACAAGAAUGGGGCCCAGGCCAGAAGAAAUUCGAGCGCAUUUUGAAGCAGCCCUCUACAGCUAACGAUGCAUAUUCAUUACUAGCUCUUGGGAAUGUGUGGCUUCAGACGUUACACACGCCAACACGAGAUAAGGCAAAGGAAAAGAGACAUCAAGAUAGAGCUCUGGCUUUGUAUAAACAAGUAUUGAGAUACGAUCCAAGAAACCUGUAUGCAGCCAAUGGCAUUGGGUGCAUUCUCGCACACAAGAACUUUUUGAGGGAAGCACGUGAUGUAUUUUCGCAGGUCCGUGAAGCUACCGCUGACAUCCCAGAUGUGUGGCUCAAUCUGGCACAUAUUUAUGUUGAGCAAAAGCAGUAUGUGGCAGCUAUUCAGAUGUAUGAGAAUUGUUUGCGGAAGUUCUUCAAACAUCACAAUGUUGAGGUGUUACUGUACUUGGCACGAGCCUACUUCAAAGCUGGCAAAAUGAAGGAAUGUAAACAAGUGUUGCUCAAGGCUCGUCAUGUUUCGCCCAACGACACCAUUCUGUUGUUCAACAUUUCGCUGGUGCAGCAGCGCUUGGCAACAGCCAUUUUGAAAGCUGAGAAGAGUCCUCUUAAGGUUGUGCUUGGCGCAGUCAGAGAACUGGAGCAGGCGCAGAGGAAUUUUACGUGGUUAAGUCAAUAUGGAGACCGCCUGAAGUUUGACUUGAGCUGGGCAGCGACUGAGGCCAGGCACACCAGUGAUUUGCUGAGCCAGGCUCAGUACCAUGUGGCGCGCGCUCGGAAAGUUGACGAAGAAGAACAGGAAGUGAGGCGAAAACAAGAAGCGGAAAAAGAAGCACUUAGGAAGAAAAGAGAAGAAGAGGAGAAAACGCGAAGAGAACAACGUGAACAGCAGGAAAAAGAACUUCUUGAGAAACGUCAACAAUUCAAGGAAGCCACCAAGAACCUGCUGGUGUUUGCACCUGAAGAACAAGCCCCCAAGGAAAAGGCUUCCAAAGGAAGAAAGAAAAAGACGGCGGAUGAUUUUGUGGCGAGUAACGACGAAGAAAGUGAAGAUGAAGGAGAAGCGGGUGUAGACGAGGAAGGAAAUGAAAUAAAGAAACCGAAAGUCAAGAAGGCGAAAAAACGGCGAAGAAAACGAAUUAGAGAUGAAGGAGACGAAAAUGCGCCGAAGAAAAAGAGAAGUCGUAAACCGAAAGGUGAGCCCAAAGAGAAGAAAUCUGGAGACGAAAGAUUGGGAGCCAAACAAAGACGGAAAAUCAAGUCAAAGGCGUUCGUGUCCUCAUCUGAAGAUUCGGACUCUGACACAGAGAAGCUCAAGAUUGCUGAUGUGGGUAGUGAUGAAGACAUCAGUGACAAAUCGGAGGCUGAGAACAGCGACAAGGAGGAAAACGUCAAUGAAGAAGAGAAAGAAGACAGUAGUGAGGGGCAAGAAGAGAAACCUCAGACUGGAAGGAAAAGAAUUCUGUCGAGUGAUGACGAUGAUGAUAGCCUCGAUGAAGAUAUCGAGGACGGUGACGACAAAGCCGGCGACGAGGAACAACCGUCAACGAGUCAGGGCACGCCAAAGAAGAAAAGCAGAAAACUUGUUAGCUCGUCCGAAUCAGAGGACGAUGACUAGAUCAAAGUUUCCCUGUCCUGUGCCGUCAUUUUCACAUGGAAUUAUUCCUGUAGCAAAAUACUUGUAUAGACCGGCUAAUCACGAAAUGUAGGACCAAACAGAAACCGAAACGUGCAGUCUGCCGUCAGUAGACACCCUACCCCUACCCCACCCCACCCCACCCGGCAAACCCUGCCCCUCCCACCCCAUCCCCAUACACAGUACACAAAGAUUACCAACAGGCUGUUUGUUGUCAUCUUUGAAAAGUGUUAACGGAGUGCAACUAAUGAAAAAUACAGGAAAACGCGCACGCGCACGCGCAGAGCUCCAAACCCCUAUCGUGGAGAGUUAUCUGAAGUUGACAUCUUGUCGUUUGGCAACAUCCGGGAUUGAAUACUGCGGGCUCAGUCAGACCAGAAACCAAAAAAUGGUGAAGAACAUUCUUUUCCUAAAGCCCAUUCUAUUUUAGUAGUUACUACCCCUUCAGUGUCUCACACAGUGUUUUUGCUGCUUUACACAUUCAAAUAGGGUUUAUGUACAUAGUCCACAAUGGAAGCUUAAAUAAACGAUUUUCUUCACUUGUAAUCUUGGGUGCCAUCUGUUCUCUUGCACUCCUGGCAAUCUCACUUUCGGGCUCUUGGAUCUGCAUACUGUUGCUGAUUUGUCAAAGAUAGUAAUCAGAGGGACUUCUCAAGAAAUAGAAUAUCUCUCAUAGUUUGGACAAAAGUUCAUGCUUGGUCAAAUGUCGCUAUAGAAUUUUGUUAACUAGUUACCAGGCCCUCAUUUUUUCUACCUUGGAGCUCAAGAGAGAAGAACGUGGGAUUGAAAUUUGAUAAAGGUGGGAAGGAGAUAGCCUGUGCACAUCUGCCCCCUCCCCUCAAAAAUCUCCCUGAUUGGAGGAGAGGGGGGCAGAUGUACACAGGAUGUGAUUUUUUUUCUUUUUUCACCCAAAAUAAGAGGAGGGUGGGCCCCCAGGGCCCCUCCCUUUGAUCAACCACUGAGGACAGAGACAGAUUUGUUUUCUUAGGUGUCAAGUUGAGGGGUUUAACCUCAUAAGAACGAGUGUCCAUCUGCAACGAAAAGAGGAAACGCUCAGUGCUUUUUGCGUGUUUUUAGCAACAUCUGAAGAAAUCAUUUCUAUUAAAUAUGAUUUCCGGUCCAUACUGCACACUCUCGAGAAUUUGUUUGCAUUUUUUGUUUCAUGUAAAACAUCACAAAAUGUAAACAUUUUGCAACUACUUACAUGAGGUUAAUUCAAAGUUUCAAAACAACCGUUAUUAUGGGUGCGAAGCAGUCAAAGUUUUAAGCUUUGUUCUUUCUCAUAUCACUUGAUGAAACAACUUCGAAGCUGUAAAAAUCAAUGAAGCUGUUGGAAAAAAAAGUUUGAAAGGCCUCAAAAGGUAAGGUAUGUGGUUCGUAACAAAUAGCAUCAAUUCACAUUCCAUCAAGUGAGAUUUAUAAUAUUUACAAAUAUUAGGUGCUGAGAUUGUGCAGUACGGACUGAAAAUCAUCUUUAAGCAGGAGGGAAGAAAACAUUGUUUUAUUUCCUUCAUUGUUGAUUAUUGAAAAAAGAAAAAUGUCAAGGGGACAAAUGAUAUAAUUUUGUAGUAAUUUUCUUUUCCAAUAUUCUCUUGCUAACUUUGGAUCCCUGAUAGCAGCCCUCCUCAGAAAACAAAAAUGCAGUCUGAACCAUGGUUCAGGAUUUUUCUUCUUUGCAUGUUUUAAUUUACAUUACAUCAAAAGAGGUUUGUUAUAUAUCAGGUCUGUAUCAGGUGGUAAUUUGUCAUCUACUGACAGUGUUAAAAUGCAAUCAAAGUAAUAGCAACCAGGUGCCAGUUGUUCAAAGUCAUUUUCAAAAUGUUACUCUUCCCUGCACCUUACAUGGGAAUCACACCUUUGCGUCACUUACGCAAAUAGAAAAGAUACAAUGAAGUGAAUCCCAACACUCCUUUUAAUGCAAAUAGCUAUUUACAGGUAAUAAAGCUUGGUAUCACCAGUAUAUAAAUAUUCAUGUCUUUAGUCCACAAGACCGUAUUUGCAUUCAAUUAUAUAUUACAACAUCACGUCAUAUAUUGCAUUAAAAUAAAAUACAUACAGUAAACACCCGCAUAUAAGAACACAUGGAUUAAGAACAUCAGGCUGAAAUUUGGCAAAUAAAGCACCACUUUUAUAAGAACAAUAUCAGCCUGG